CGUGUCCAAUCGCUCUCUGACGUCCGCCGACAUUGAAACACGCGCCGAAACUCGCCUUCUGGCAAACUCACUAGUCAAAACGAUGAAGUGGAUGCUAAUCAGAGCUUUUGAGGCGUGGGCUGUUGCGACACUGCUUCGAAGUCAAGCCUUCCAUCGCGGCGUCGAGAAGAUAGCAAAGGGUGUCCAUCGCUUGCGGCAUGGUAGGCCUAUGGAAGAGAUGGGUGGCACUAAGAUAGACAUGCCAGAAGAUGCCCGGUUCUGGACUCAUUUCAAGAAUGAGCUUAGGCAGCAGCUUGGUAUGAAGAACCCCAAGCAGAGAUGAUGACGAACCGUUGCCCUAUUCGCAUAAUGUUCGCGCUGGCGUGGCAUAGCCUUCACCUACACGCGGUGUCAGACACGCCGAGCCUCAAUCUCUUCUUCGACAGAGGACAUCGUGCAGCACGGCUGAUUGCUUUCCGAUGCGUCCAAAAGCAAUACUAGCAUUAGAUCUUGAAGCAUUCGAUUCAAGGUAGCGGGUUGCAUAUACAGGUCAAAUGUUGGGUCGAGAGCUGCAAAAGGGCUUGAUGGAGACACUAAAAAGGGUGUAUGGCAUUUCUGACGGACCAGCAAAAUCAAGCGACGAUCCUGUCACCUUAUUACGAACAUCUUUCUUACACGUCGUUUCCAAAGCUUCUUACUCGACUCCAAUAAAAUGCUCUAUCGUUCUUCAGUCCAAACUCCGCCCAAUCAUCUGUCAAUCUAUUCCAACUCCA